UACGCGUUAUUAUCGCUCACACUUGUCGCAUUAUGGAUUCACUCGCAAGCGAAGAUACUGUCAAUGCGCCCGGUGCCGUAUCUGACGAAUUGAUCCAUGCCGAAAACGAGCAGAUCGAGGAACAGCAACGAGAGGAUGCUCAAGUCGCGCAGAUGCAGAAGACACUUCUAUGAUGGACGACACAAAUGCGAAAUCGCCGUCAGACAACCCGCUGGAUGCGCCUGACGGCCCUCCUGCCGAGAACGAGCUACAACAGGGCGACGACGAGGACAUGGCCGAUGCCAACGAGGAUGCUAAGGAUGCCCCAGAAGCCGCCGAGGACACGAUCGAUGCCGCACCACCACAGGAAACCGAACAACAGACAAAGUCGCGAGUCGAGGCCUCGGCGCGCUCGCAUCUGAUCGAACAAACACACGCCAUCAUUCUGCCUUCGUACAGCGCUUGGUUUGACAUGCACCAAGUACACAACCUCGAACGCAAGGCCCUGCCCGAGUUUUUCAACUCGCGCAACCGCUCAAAGACUCCCGCCGUCUACAAGGACUACCGCGAUUUUAUGAUCAACACAUACCGCCUCAACCCCCAAGAAUACCUCACUGUUACCGCCUGCCGUCGCAACUUGGCUGGUGACGUUUGUGCAAUCAUGCGCGUUCACGCUUUCCUCGAGCAGUGGGGCUUGAUCAACUACCAGAUUGACCCUGACACUCGGCCCUCUAACAUCGCGCCGCCUUUCACCGGCCACUUCCGUAUUACGGCAGACACGCCCCGUGGUCUGCAGCCUCACCAACCCGCUCCCAACUCGACACUCACUGCUGGACGCUCCAACCCCGGCACAGACCGUCUGGCAAGCGCCACUCCUGCCAUCAAGUCCGACUUGAAUCUGGAAGUUAGACGCAACAUUUACGAAUCCACCGGAAAGGAUCUCACCGCCAAACAGGAGAACGGUACCGAUCUCGAGGACUCGCUCAAACAACCUGGAAAGCAAUACUUCUGCUACUCAUGCGGAAAAGACUGCACUCGUGUCCGUUAUCACAACGCUAAGGCUCCUCCGGCCUCUGUCGCUGGUAAGAAUGGCGCCGUGCUCAAAUUCGAUCUGUGUCCGUCGUGUUUCAUGGAGGGAAGAUAUCCUAACUCAACCGGUCCCGCCGACUACACAAAGCUGGAGAAUGAAAAGUACACCACUAUCGCCGAUCGCGAAGCUCCCUGGGCCGACUCGGAAUUGUUGCUGUUGCUUGAAGGUUUGGAGCUGUUUGAUGAAAACUGGGAGCAGAUCGCUACACACGUCGGAAGCCGCACGAGGGAAGAGUGUGUUCUCAAGUUCUUGCAGCUCGAGAUUGAGGACAAGUACAUGGAAGGCGAGGACACAGUCGAUGGUGCACCGAACAACCUGGCUUUCCUGAGCAAUGGUCGUGUUCCCUUCUCACAAGCUGAUAACCCCGUCAUGUCUGUUUUGAGUUUCCUCGCAAAUCUGGCUGAUCCCGCUGUGGCCGCUGUUGCUGCAGGCAAGACGGUGGACCAGAUGAGAAAGCAGCUUCGCAGCAACAUCGAGAAGGACUCAGCAGUGGCCGAGCCGGAAAAGGAGAACGAGACCUCGACCGAAGCAGAGCCCUCAAAAGACGACAACUCUAUGGAGGUUGAUGACACGAUCACAGCCGAGAAGCAGUCCACAAGUCCCAAAGCACUCAAGGAGGAGCCUCAAGACAAAGCUUCUUCGCCCGCCACAUUGGCUCUCAGCCUGACUGCCGCUCGUUCAUCCGCUCUGGCCUCGCACACUGAACGCCAUGUCAGCUCACUGGUCUCCUCGGCCGUCAACCUACACAUGCAAAAGCUCGAGCUCAAGCUGCAACAGUUUGAUGAGAUGGAGACUCUUCUUCAGACCGAGCGCAGAGAUCUGGAGCGCCAACGUCAGCGCCUCUUCUUCGACCGCCUGCAAUUCAAGCGAAGAGUUGGAGAUGUCGAAGCCAAGUUCGCAAGCAUGGGCGUCUCUGUCGACAGCGAUGUCAGAGCAGCCGCCCAAGGCGAAAGCGAGGACAAGGGCGACAAGCUCGGUGUUGUGGGUACCCAAGAAGGAGCAGCUAUUGCUCAGCAAAGCGACACUUUGGAGCCCUCCAACUCAGAAGAAACUGGAUACAAGACUGUUGAGAUGUAGAACCAUGUUCACAGAGUGCAUUUUACUAAGCUGGAGGCGGCGAAAUUGGCGGCGGCGUUCAAGCGAGCAAGCAAAGCACAGAAGGGUCUGGCUUGGGAUAGGGUGUAAGAUCGA